AUGCUGAGUGAGCGAGCGACGCCGCUCAGGCUCAGGCUGGGCCUGUUUGACGCGGGAAUCGGAAUUUUUUCCUGGCUUAUGCUCGAUUACUGCCUGCGCCCAAUAAGGCCCUGCAAAUGCUCACCACAGCCGCUAUCGUCCAGCAUCGUCCAGCUGCUAAUCUUUAACGCCUGCUACCCCCCGGCUUCAUGUUCCAGCUGCACACUGUCUGUGGCUGUCACUGUCACUCUCAUCAAUCCCGUCAACUCUGCACGUCUUCAAGUUCGACAUUAUUUUGUUCCUGUAUCGCUUGCUGCUUGUCUGCUAGUGUGUCUAUGUGUUCUCCUCGGUGAUUAUGCCAUCGUCCACUGUACAUUGGUUGCAUUUGUGGUGAAAUGUUCCAGGUUCUUAUCUCAACCAUUGUUUGCAGGUCGGCGGCGACUCUUGGCCUAA